GUUCGAUUUUCCACGCACCGGCGAGGAGCACGCGAGGCGGUUCUCGGCGAGAGCGGCCGUCUCGUCAGCCCCGCAUCCAUCGCCAGGAUCCAAGCACAUCCCAUCCCCUCCAUCAUCAAACACCAUGAGCGGCCUCAACAAGAAGCUCGAGCAGGAAGUCUCAGCCUUCCAGGACCUACAGAGAGAUUACUCCAAGGCUGUCUCGUCUCUCCAGCAGCUGGAAUCGCAACUGAAAGAAAACGAUCUCGUCAAGAAGGAAUUCGAUCUGCUGGAUCAAGAUGCUGUGAUCUACAAGCUCAUCGGGCCUGUGCUCGUCAAGCAAGAUCAGGGCGAGGCCAACGUCAACGUCUCCAAGCGCAUCGAGUUCAUUCGAAAUGAAAUGGAGAGACUGGAAAAGCAAGUCAAGGACUUGUCGGAGAAGCAGGAGGCAAAGAAGCUGGAGGUCGUCAAGCUGCAAACCGCAAUCCAGCAAGCCCAGCAAGCCCAGGAAGCAUCGGCAUGAUCGAGACAUGAGGUCAUGCAUGGAUCGAGUACCCUUGGCUAUACCGGCUGCCCCACGGUGUUCAGAGGCAAUCCUUGGCUUGCAAUAAAAUGUGCCCUGGAGUGCAUCCUACUCUCCCCAUGACCAGAGUAUCUCCAGCGCCAUGAUGAAA